UGGCCGGGUGUGGGUGUCUGCAACUGUGCAGGUGUAACCGCCUGUCUCCAGGGUGUCUGUCUGGUGGUUUUUUGGUAACCAUGUGUGAUAGUGAGUAGCGGGAUGCAGGGUCCUUGUGACCGGGGGUGAUAAUGCGUGUGUCCCCGUUGUAUAUGUGGUCUGUUCGCCCUGUUCCUGGGGUGUGAUUACAGUUGUGACUGUGUGACCACUGCGGGUGUGCGGUUGUGAUUCAUGUCUCCAAGGUUUGUGCGUGGUUUUGGUUGUCUGUGCCUGUGACUAUGCGGUGACGCCGCUUGUGUGUUCCUGUGUCCCUUGGUGUGUGUGUGGCAGGGGGGUGAGUGGUGCUGUGUAUGAAGGAGUGGGGUGCCACUGCUUGUGUGAGUGUGACUGUGUGUAUGUCCACAGUGAAAGUUCAGUUGUGACUGGGUGCUGUAAAGUGCUACACUUUACAUCACUGUGAAGUGAUGGCGUGUGUCCCCUGAGUGGGUGUGUGAUUGUGACUACAUGAGGCAUUUGUGGGUGUUGGUAUGUGGGACUUGCGACUAUAUGGGAGUGACUGUGUAUCACAGUGGAGAGUAGAUUGACUAGGUGUGCUUAGCGGGUAUGUGAUUGUGACUGGAAAGGUAUUGUGACUGGAAAGGUAUGGAGGUGAAGGACUCUGCACUUGUCCAAGAGAAGAAUCCAGAGAAAUCAGAGCAGGUCAAAUAGUUCUAAAAGCCAUGGCCCAGGGACUGGUGACAUUCAGGGACGUGGCCAUAGAGUUCUCUCUGGAAGAAUGGAAGUGCCUGGAACCUGCUCAGAGGGACUUGUACAGGGAGGUGACUCUGGAGAACUUUGGUCACUUGGCCUCACUAGGACUCUCCAUUUCUAAGCCUGAUGUCGUCUCCUUAUUGGAGCAAGGGAAAGAGCCCUGGAUGAUUGCAAAUGAUGUGACAGGACCAUGGUGCCCAGACUUGGAGUCCAGGUGUGAGAAAUUUCUACAAAAAGAUAUUUUUGAAAUCGGGGCAUUCAACUGGGAGAUAAUGGAAAGCCUUACAUGCUGUGACCUGGAGGGCUCCGAUUUUAGAGCUGACUGGGAAUGCGAAGGCCAGUUUGAGACACAAGUAAAUGAAGAGUGCUAUUUUAAGCAAGUGAACGUCGCCUAUGGACAUAUGCCCACGUUCCAGCAUCACAGGUCUCACACUGGGAGCAGGGAGACUGGUGAGAAACUGAUGGAAUGUCGGGAAUGUGGGAAAGCAUUUAGCCGCGGCUCACACCUUAUUCAACAUCAGAAAACUCACACUGGUGAAAAACCCUUCGGGUGUAAGGAAUGUGGGAAGGCCUUCAGCCGUGCCUCACACCUGGUUCAGCAUCAGAGAAUUCACACAGGUGAGAAGCCUUAUGACUGUAAGGACUGUGGGAAGGCCUUCGGUCGCACGUCAGAACUUAUUCUGCAUCAGAGACUUCAUACUGGUGUCAAACCUUAUGAAUGUAAAGAGUGUGGGAAGAGCUUUAGGCAGCAUUCCCAGCUGGUUCUGCAUCAAAGGACUCACACAGGCGAGAAACCCUACGUAUGUAAGGACUGCGGCAAGGCUUUCAUUCGUGGCUCCCAACUCACUGUGCAUCGGAGAAUCCACACGGGCGCCAGACCCUAUGAGUGUAAAGAAUGCGGGAAGGCCUUUAGACAGCAUUCCCAGCUGACCGUACACCAGCGCAUCCACACUGGGGAGAAACCCUACGAGUGUAAGGAAUGCGGAAAGGGCUUUAUUCACAGCUCAGAAGUUACUCGACAUCAAAGAAUUCAUUCUGGGGAGAAACCCUAUGAGUGUAAGGAAUGUGGGAAGGCCUUUAGACAGCACGCACAGCUCACACGACAUCAGAGAGUCCAUACUGGCGACAGACCCUAUGAAUGUAAGGACUGCGGGAAGGCGUUCAGUCGUAGCUCAUACCUCAUUCAACAUCAAAGAAUUCAUACAGGCGACAAACCCUACGAAUGUAAGGAAUGUGGGAAGGCCUUUAUUCGUGUUUCACAACUGACUCAUCAUCAGCGAAUCCACACUUGCGAGAAACCCUAUGAAUGCAGGGAGUGUGGAAUGGCCUUUAUUCGUAGUUCACAACUUACCGAACAUCAGAGAAUUCAUCCUGGUAUCAAACCUUACGAAUGUAGAGAGUGUGGGCAGGCAUUUAUUCUUGGUUCACAACUCAUUGAACACUACAGAAUUCAUACUGGUUAAGAAAGCCUCGAGUGUGAGUGAUAAAGAGAAGAAGCCUUUAUGUGGAGUUCACAUCUGGCUCAGUACUAGGUAAUUUUUAAUGUAGUGUAAUUAAUGUCAGAAAACACCUGUCACUUCCAUGCUAGAACAUCAGAAAACUCACACCCAAAGAAAAUUCAAUAAAUGUGGGAAUUCUUUUUGCCUCA